AUGUCUACAAUCUUGUACAAUGCAAAUUCCACGUUGGUUUCGAGAUUCCAGCGUAAGGUAAAGCUGAGAAACGAGCUGAAUCAGGAUUAUAACGAUGAGACAAGUUUUGAGUCACAGUACGCCAAAGACUCACCAGAAUAUCUUCAAGAAUUGUGUAAAUCCGUUUACCCAGCGUGUCUACAUGCAAGCUUCGAAAGAAUGCCAUUUUCGACCCUUUCCGUACACGCAUUCGUUGCGCUAGUUUUUAAGAAUUUCAUCAAAUCCUGGUUUGGUCCCAAAAUUCCAUCUGAGGACCCAGAAUUUCUGUGCGAAGUGUUUGCACUUGUACAACGGUUGAUAACGCACAUUGAAAGUCAUGAAGUUCACUGGGAACAGUUCAUCCUUGACGACGUACCCUUGGUCGUGUUCGAACACUACCAAUUGCUGAAGACUAGCGGACUGGUGUAUAGUCGGAAAACUGGUCCCUCCACAACGGCGAACUAUAUCUGCUCCCUUCUGCACAGUGAUUCGACUCUGGAACACACAUUCGUGAAGUCAUUAUAUGAGCACCUGUUGUGUGGUAAAAUACUCCACAGCAUCGCAGAGCCAUAUCUGAUUUUAGAGAUCCUGAACAAAGCUAUACAAUUUAAACUUCAAAAAUCAGGUUCUAAAUCCAGUUCAUUGGUGGGAAAAGUUUGUGCAAUCCUCGGAGUCGUACGUUCAGCCCUGAAUUCGCAAUUGCGGAGACCAUCGCAACUGCAACAAACUUUUGCACACCGCUUUUUGUUCUCGUGUCUCAGAAGGCUCACCAAAUUCGAACAACGCAGGCCAUUGCUGUACUGCCUGUUUAAAUACGGCGAAGCAGCCGCUGCCAAAGUACCCGCGAUAGAUAAGAUCCUUUACUGUCUUUUCCAAAAAUGCGUUCACGACAAGAUAGCUUCUGGCCCACAGAUCGGCCGCCUUUUCCUCUCACUGCGCCGCCUGAUUUUCCCCUCCGAUACGGUGAUGGGCCCGCCAAGGCCGAUUCUCGAUGACCAUCAGAAAAAGCUUUUGCGCGAGGAAUGCGAGCAAAACAUACAACAGUUCCUGCUGCUCUACAAGCUGGAUGGUUUAGUGGGUCUCACUGCGACUGAUGCCAGUAAUUUUGUCGACGUUGUCAUUGCAGAUCAUGAUGCCAACGCGAACUUGUUGGAACGACUGCUGACUUGUACAAUAGCGCAUAUUGCAUAA